CAAACAGAACCUCAGAAUGAGAGAAGGGAGUCUUUGUCUUCAUCAGAAGGAGGAGAUAAAGCAGCUGUGAAUAAUCGUGGUGAGGAAAAGCAAGCUGUGGAAGACUCACAUAAUUCUGACACUAAAACGAUUGCAGGUAUUCCUGGUAAUUCACAAAACACCAAUAACGCAGAACAAGAACAGCUGACUGAAAGUGCGCAGAGCUCUAACGCAGCAAAUGGUACACAUGGCAAAGACGGUGCAGAGAACAGUAAUACACAACCUCAACAAGGUUCUGGUAUAGAAUCACCUUCCGACUCACCUUUAAACAACACUACAACCGAUAAUAAUACCUCAGCGAACACGGACUCCAACGAUGCAAAUGCACCCAUUAAUGAGGAAUCAACCACCACAACAACAACACUUCCUCCUGAACUCACAAACAAUAAGAAGGGUGAUGCAGACAGCAGCAGCAGUAUCAGCAGUUCUGUGUGGGUGCGUGUACCACUACUGAUUGUGGUUACACUGGCCUGUAUUCUUGUGUGCUGA